GUGUUGAAUAGAAUAGAGAUACAUAGUAAAACAGAAUGUCAGAGAGAACGAAAGAGGAGAAGAGAAGAUUCUCUUUCCAUUACUGUUCACGAACAUGGCCGGCAAGGUAGAUGUCCAAGCUAACGUUACUGGCGGAGGUCCUUCGUCGCAGGCCGGCGCUGUACGAUGGGGCAUCGCGAUGGCUCUUCGUAGUUUUGUGGACGCUGAACAGAUUUCUCGUAUGCGCAUAGCUGGUUUGCUGUCUCGCGAUUAUCGUCGAAGAGAGCGCAAGAAGCCUGGACAAGCCGGAGCUCGCCGAAAAUAUACAUGGAAAAAGCGCUAAACAUGCAUCAAAGAAGAUUUACAUUUCGAGGAUGCUUAAAAAUAUGUUUUUUCCAAUAGUACCCAACAUUUUCUAAUGCAUGUAAUGUAUGUAUUCGAUAUAAAAGCUCAGAUAGCGCAACUACUUAUGACUCUAGUUUCAAAUUUUCCAACACAAUGAUCUAAAAUUAUACGACAAUAUAUUUAUUCAGUAAGAAAACAAUGACUGAUGGGAUUGCUUACCAUCCGUUUUAUUACCAUCAUAGC